CACGAUGACGGGUCGGGAAUCAAAUCGCAUCAAAGACGCUGAAAAGAAACGUGUUUUAGAUUCCGCUGCACGUCAGAGACGUGCACGUAAAGCUCUUGAGGCUCUUGAACAGGACAAUUUCCAUGAUGAUCCACAUGCUGACUUGGUUAUGUCAAAAAAGCUGCCCAAGUUUCAAGAAAGUAUAAAGAAUUGCAAGGAGAAAAAAGGCAAGCGUAAAGGAGCUGAAUAUUUUCGUGCCAAAUAUCGUAAAAACUUCCAACAAUUACUUGAGGAGGAGAAACAAAAACCGAACUAUGAGAGUGCCGCUGCUCCAGCUCCCAAGAAGCCACUACGCCACUUCUGCGCCGUUUGUGGAAACUUCUCCAAUUAUUCGUGCACAGCUUGUGGAACACGGUACUGUCGUGUACGUUGCUUGCAAACACAUCAGGAUACACGAUGUCUUAAAUGGACAGCCUGAUAUAUGUACCUAUUCUUGUCUGACGGUUGUAGUUUAAGUACUUUAUAAAUAUAAUUAUGGUCUUUUAAUAAACUUGAAUAGUAAUUUA